AUGAGCGGCUUCAAGGGCCUCGUCAAGGAGGGCUGGCACCCCAAGGGCAACGACGGCGGCCGCGAGAGCUGGAGAGGCGACUUCAAGGGCAUCAACCAGGUCGCGGGAUGGAUGGGGAAAGGUAAAAGCACUGGAGGCGGUACGGCCCCUGCCCCCCGCGCGAGUCAACCGAUAUCAAGCCUUAAGGACCCAGCAACAUUUGGACCGCCGCCGCAAAGGGGGAAGCCUCAGCAGCAGCAACAACAACAGAGCGGUACACAUAGUGUCGGUGCCGGUGCCAAACCUGCUCCGCCGCCCGUACCUAGAAGGUCAACCGAGACGUUGGGACACGGACAGGGUCAGGGACAAAGUAGGCCGUCUCUACCGCCGAGAUUGCCUCCUCGUCGUUCGGAGUUGGAUCACGCAGGUGCUGGUGCUGGUGCUGGUACCACGUACGACUCGCCUCCGCCUGCAUACGAACUGGCUGCUACUCCUGCUGGGGCUGCUGGUAUCUCUACCGCUGCAUCCGCUGCAGCCAACAGACUAGGUGCCGCGGGUGUGUCCGUGCCCGCAUUCGGCAUCAACAAGUCUACGAACCAGUCUCAAACACAGCACCACGGCUCGUCGGUUUCUGUUCCACCCCAGGUAACCCAGGCAGCAGCCUCGGUGGCCCAGAGCGAACUCCAACAGCGAUUCAGCCAGAUGAACCGCUCCGUUCCACCGCCUCCGCCUGCUUCGGCUCCACCUUCCACCCAGCAACAGCAACAGCAACAAGCUCCUCCUCCUCCUCCACAACGUGCCUCAACAGAGCGGACAACAUCAAACACAUCCCUCAACUCCUUCCGCGAACGCCACAACGACCAUAUCCAAGCAGGCAUGAACAAACUUAGCGGUUUCGAUCAGAAAUACGGCAUUUCUAAAAAGAUAAACAACUUCAUCGAGGACCAGAAGUCUCCUGCUUACCCUCAACAACAGCCGGGGCAACAACCCCAGCAGCAAGGGCAGGGCCAAUACCAGCAUGCCGCGGCUACUCCUCCGCCUCCACCUCCACCUGCACAUCCAAAUCACCCGUACACACAUACACAUUCAAACACCGGUUCAGCCACCGAUUUAAACAAGAGAAAGCCUCCACCUCCUCCGCCACCGAUGAAGCCGGGCUCGUUGACAUCGAAUGCAGUCGGCCAGUCUCACUCUCAUUCACCCUCCCCGCCCCCGUUGCCCCUGAAUACCAAGCCGCGGUAG